GCCCCGGGGGCGGCUGGCGGUCUCUCUCCGCGCUGAGGCGCGGGCGGAGCCGGCGCGCCCCGCCAUGGAGGACGAGCUGUACCUGGAGAACAUCGACGAGCUCGUCACGGACCAGAACAGAGUCGUAACAUACAAAUGGCUGAGUUAUACCUUAGGUGUCCAUGUCAACCAAGCUAAGCAGAUGUUGUAUGACUAUGUGGAAAGAAAGCGGAAGGAGAAUUCAGGAGCCCAGCUGCAUGUCACCUAUUUAGUCGCAGGAAACCUCAUUCAGAAUGGACACACCUGCCACAAGGUUGCCGUGGUGAAAGAAGAUAAACUAGAAGCCAUGAAGUCGAAGCUGUCCACCCUUGCGAGUGUCCAUGUGUACAGCAUCCAGAAGGCCAUGCUGAAGGACAGCAGCCCGCUCUACAACACGGACUACGAUAUCACCAAAGCGAACCUGCAGAACUGCAGCAAGUUUAGCGCAAUCCACUGCGCUGCUGCGGUUGCAAGGACGGCGGCGGAAGCCCCUCCGCUUGAAGCCGCCGGGCAGCUGGACCCCCGGCCACCACGGGGCACAAGCGCAGCCGCUGCUCCUGAGCUCAACGGCCACGCCCCAAGCACCUCCUCAAAGCAGCCCUCCCAGCAGGCCAAGGGCAUUAUGGGGAUGUUUGCGAAAUCCGCCGCCAGGUCCCAGGACUCGCACAAGGAAGCCCAACUGGAGGCGAAGGAGACCCCAAGUGCCUCCGCCACAAGCAGCAAGGCACCCGCUAAGGGGAUCGUUCUGAACAACUUCUUUGGGAAAGCUGCACUGAGCAAAGUCAGUCCUGAACCCGAAGAGCAGAAGGAAGGGAAGGGAGUUGCCAAGCCCCCAGUGUCUUCCCUGGACUCCAAAUCACCUCCCGGCGCCCUGGGACUCGCAAAACCCAGCAAGAAAGCCGAACCUGCAAAAGGGCAGCAGCAGGACAAAAAAAGAGCAAAGAAGAUGGAGGUAUCGGAUGAUGAAGAGGAGGAGGCUGAAAACCUGAAGAAGAAGAGGCGCCGUAUCAAACAGCCUGAGUCUGACAGCAGCGAUGAUGAAGAUGUCCCACCAUCUCCUGGAGUUCCUGAAGGGAAAGACUCUUCUCCUGAACCAGCCCCAAAACCACAGUCAGACCCGGGUCCCGUGGAGGUUUCGUCAGGAGAGAAGAAGAGGAAGAGGAGGCGAGUGAUGAAGUCUAAAAUGUCUCUUGAUGACGAAGGAUAUAUGGUGACUAAAAAGGUAUAUGAAAGCGAGUCCUGCACAGACAGUGAAAGCGAGUUCCAGUCCAAGCCCCACGCCGCUCAUAAAAACCCUGCCGGAGCGGCAAAAAGGGAACCCAAAGACGAGAAGAAAAGCACGAAGAAAGGAGGUGCGGCAGCCAGCAGAGCCAACAAGCAGGCCUCCAUCACGGGCUUUUUGCAGAGGAAAUGACCCUUCUCCACCCGCAGGCCUGCGGAAGCAACUUGGGAGCGAGCUGCCGGGCACGGUGCCCACUGCAAGUGCGCGCCCUGAACCGGGAACUGGGCCGGGCUCCACCGGUGGCGCUUUUGCGCAGACCUGCACGGGGUGCGGCCUCGGGGAUCCGGCGCAGCACGACACACGGCUCUGCGGUGGCCUUGUGGGUACGAGGGAUGAUGGACUUGGAUAUGGAGUGCAUUUCGAAGGCUAAGAUUUUGAGGGGCUCUGUUUCAGAAAAGCCGUGCAAGUACAUGGACUUCUCCCACCGGUUUAAAUCUGUCGAAUGCAGCUAAAAUCCUGCCCACUCUCUCCCCAACCUUUCAUUUUCACAGGGGUGGACUUGGAGAAUUUGGCAGAGAUUUUAAAGCUGCUGUUGGGAAGGGGGCUGGCGGCCUUCAGGCAGAAAGGGGUGCAUACAGGAAUGGGGUGAACUGAAAGAGUUUCACAAGCUUCCCCACGAAGCACGCCUGAAAGGCGCAUCGGAGACUAGGCCACCCCAUCCAGAAAAGUGCCUCCCUUUCCCAAGAACAGAAAGGAUGGUCACAAACAGGGACGUCACUUCUGCAGUUGCCUUCUCUCUGGAAGGUGAAAUGUUGAGGCUGCGGACCCCAGUGCGUAGCAAAAUGUGCCCCCACCACCUGGCCGUGAGGCCGCAUGCGAGAAGCGCUGAGGGUGGGGACCCCGCCCUUCCAGAACUGGUUUCACAUCACUUUCCGUGUUCCUAAAACGCAAGCGGCUUGCAAGCUGCCGCCUGCUUUGUAGCCCUCGGGCUGGCUGGUGACCGCAGGGGGUCUCCACGUUCUUCCUGCAGCAAACUGUGUGGAAUCCGAGAACUCCACCAGGGUCAGGAGAAGGAUCGUGGCCUCGUGUGCUGGCCCGAGCUGCCCACGCUGGGAGGCACGUGUGAGCUGGGGGCCACGGACUCCUACCAAGAGCAGCUUUCCAGCGCUGGGCUGGACUGUCCCCUCAGUGCUUGCACGUGGCUUCUGCUCCACACCUUUCUGCCCCCGCCCACCUAGAAGAGCUGCUGGCCGUUGGCCAAGGCAUCCGCCCUGGAGCGUCACGCGGCUGCCCACACGAGGUCGCGUGCGUCCCACCCUCAGGGUGGGGGGGGAGGCCAGGCUGGUUUUCCUCUUGGAUCGGUCGCGGAGCAGGUUUUCCAUCUCACGAGGCGCCACUUGGCCUUGAAGCGCAUCAGUUGCCAGCGCUCCCGUUUGGUCGGGUGCCGUUCUGCAGAAACCACGUUGGGAAGGGUUCUGGCAUCUCCACCUGUGUGCGCCUCAGCGCGUCUUUGCCCACCCUGCUCUCCUGUCGGGUGUUCUCAGCUGGUUGUGGCGGAAGCGUCAGAGGCGCCCACACUCUGCCCCGCCAUCUGUGCCUGGUUCUGCUCCAGCUCUGGAGUCCACGUGUUUGGAGUUGUGCCUCAGUCGUAAACCAAGCCUCGCUUGGACGAGGUCUGCAGGUAGGCACCCCCCAAAAUGGAGUGCCUCCGAAGCCUUUGGCGCCUUCUUAGAGCCACUUCAGGUACCUGUCCGUGGUUACACAGUCAAGGAGGACCAGAGAGAAGGGUUCAGUGUUUAAAGCUCAUACUUGCAGAAAUGCAUUCUUGUUCUGAAAUGUUAAACUGGCAUUCUUGUUCUGAAAUGUUAAACUGACAUUCUUGUUCUGAAAUGUUGAACACGCGCGCUCCUGCAGAGCAGUCCAGACCAUCUGUGGAACGAUCGGCAUGCAAAUGCGGUUCCAGAGGCAACCCGCUGCCUGCAGUGCUGGGUGCUGACCAGCUUGAGCCUGCUCAGAACAAGGUCAUGUGCUUCGAUGUGCUUUCUCAUAAUAGCUGCGCUAAAUGCGCUCAGCCAGGAGCCUAGGAGUGGUGGCCAGGUUUUGUGGCAUAACCACAAAUAUUUAAUUUUUGAACCCAAGGUUUCCUUAGUCACAGGAAAUACAGUUCGGCAUAAUUUUUUGUACAGAAUUGAAGGCAGUGGCUCAAUACAACUUUAUGUCCUUGGAAUAGUAUUGGUCACCUUUUUUUAAUCAGAAGUAAAGCUCUUCAAGUGGAAAGGCUGGGAAACAUGAGUUUAGCUCCCAGCAAAGGUCUCUCUACACAUUUUCCAGGAAAGUACCACGUAACUUUUUCCCUCUCUUUGUAUGCUCAGAAAUUAUGUGGGGCGGGGGACGGGGAGGAAUGUUCAAUAAAGUUGUCUUCCGUUA